AUGUCCUUCUCAAACAUAAUCCAAGACGCCCUCUCGGGCCACAGCCACAGCAACAACAACAGCAGACACGACAAUAACUACGACGAGUUCAACCCCGCCGUACGCUACGCCGAAUCCCACGCCAACACCUCCGACUCCUCCCUCUUCACCUCCGCCCUCUCUUUCCUAAACGAGAACAAGCACCGCCUCUCCAAUGACAACGACAUCAACGAGCAGGAAAUGAUCCACGCGCACCAGUCGCUCUACGACGGCCGCGAUAGCGAGCGGCGCCACGACUCGUCCUCCGUCGGCGCGGGGGCGGCGAUGCAAGCGCUCAAGAUGUUCACGAGUUCGUCUGAGGGGGAGAAGAGCGGGAUGGAUAAGAAUGCGUUCAUAGGGCUGGCGAUGGCGCAGGCGAAGAAGAUGUUUGAGGAGAAGGAGGCGAAGGGGGAGGUGAAUGGUGAUAAGCAGUCUGCUAUCAAUGCAGCGGCGGAAAUGGCGCUUAAGAUGUACUUGAAGAGCGGGGGUGGUGGUAUGACUGGCACUGGUGGCCCUGGUGGUCUGUUGCAGCUGGCUAGCAAGUUUUUGUAA